AUGGCCUCAGACAGUAGCCUCCCACGUGAAGAGCAGCUCCUGUGUUCAAUUUGUUUGGAUGUGUUCGCUGAGCCUGUCUCGACUCCGUGUGGACACAACUACUGCAAGACAUGUAUCACAGGGUACUGGGACAGCAGUGACCUGACACAGUGUCCCCUCUGUAAGAAGAAGUUCCGCAACAGACUACAGCUCCAAGUCAACACAGGGUUCAGAGAUAUGGUGGAGCAUUUCAACAACAUGAGUGUGAGGGCCUCACCUGUAGCCCCAUCAGAGGUCACAAACCUCAAGAAGCACCAGCUGACGGACCCCGUGUCAAACCUGGAGGAGAGGGUGUGUAAGAAGCACGACAAGAUGUUUGAGCUCUUCUGUCACGUGGAUCAGAUGUGUAUUUGCUUCAUGUGCUUGAAAGACGACCAUGCAACGCAUGAGGCCGUCCUGUUGGAGCAUGUGUUCGGAGAGAGGAAAGCCCAGCUGGGCGAUGUGAUAAGCCAAGCUGAGCUGAUUGAGUUCAUGCAGGAGAAGCAGAAAGAUGCACUGAAGCAGGCCAAAGACCACGUGACACAGCUGGAGCAAGAAGUCGCUGAAUUGAGGAGGAGAAAAUCCGAAAUGGAGCAACUUCUACAAACAGAGGACCACCUCCGCCUGCUGCACAGCUGGCCAUCUCUCUACAUCCCUGUACACACAGAGGACCUAUUCAACCCUCUGUCCCACUCCACCCCUGCAUUUACCCUAGACCUCUCUGACAUCAGAAGACAGAGUUAUGUGGUGAAAAAAGCAGUGGCUCAGAUGGAAAAUACACUCACUAAUGAGAUAGAGACGCUUAUUCACGAGGUCAGGUUUUCUGAUGGCUGUGAGGCCGCUAGACAGCCGGCGGCAGCUGAAAAAUGGAUGACGGAUGAGUUUAUUAAAGAAGUGUGGGAUCCGCCUCAGGACAAGCUGAUGAUGAUCCAGCAGUGCGGUGUCUGA